CCAGGACCCCAUUCACCCAUGGGCAGGUUCAUACAUAAUGAGGCACAAGAGCUGUGAGAUUAAAUUUUGCACAAUAAUGGUAAUGGUCUUUCUCUUGUAUCCAUAGCAAUGGGAGUGAUGGAGUGGUAAUCAGUCUGCAGACCCCACUCAUUUGUAGAAAGUAGCUCAGUCUGCUGCUGCUGGUGAGUCACACAGAUGCUACUGAUGCAGUCCAGACACUUGGCUCUGAAUGAAAUAGAGGCACAAGCACAUCAUCACUGACUGAACCUGCUGGCUCCAAAAGCAGCUCUCUAGCUCACACUCUAACCAUGAAGAAUCCAAUUGUUUUCUGAGUAGUGGGGAUUUAUUGAAAGAUUGUGGCUACCCCUAUCCCUGAUCCCAAUGAUCCUAUUUAUUGUAAGACUCUGUGAGCUGCAGCAGCAAGCAGGCAUUCAGGUUUCUUCUGCAGUGAUCACUUGUAGCAGUUUUGCAUUUUCCCUUUCCUGCACAAACUUUGAAGGCGGUUGUCAGUGUGGUGCUCGGAAUCUUGCUUGAACCUUUGCAAGCAGGCAAAGAAAUUAAUGCUGUCUUUAGGAUCAGAGAUCACUCCAUUCAGAGCGAUGUGGACAAGUGUCCUUGCAGUUUUCAUCCAGUUCCCUAGAUCGCUACCGAGGCUGCUACAGCUGCUGGAGAACUGAGACAACAGAAGUGAAUUACUUGUCCUCGUUGGAAAGAGCUUGAGGACUGAACCUGCCCUCUGCUGGCUUAACGAUCACAAUGGAAGGUCCCUUACCUUUCAACAUCAGCUCCCCAGGACAUGGAAACACGACUCAAGUCUCCAGAGACAACUUCACAUUCUCUUUGUACUACCAGCACUCCACGUCCAUUGCUGCCAUGUUUAUCCUGGCUUAUACUUUUAUUUUUCUCAUGUGCAUGAUUGGCAAUAUGUUGGUGUGUUUCAUUGUCUUAAAGAACAGACAGAUGAGAACUGUCACAAACAUGUUUAUUCUGAACCUGGCAGUCAGCGACUUGCUGGUGGGAAUCUUCUGUAUGCCAACCACUUUAGUGGACAACCUCAUAACAGGGUGGCCUUUUGACAUCAUCAUGUGCAAAAUGAGUGGUCUGGUACAAGGCAUGUCCGUAUCUGCUUCAGUUUUUACCCUUGUGGCCAUUGCAGUGGAAAGAUUCCGUUGUAUUGUUUAUCCCUUCAGACAGAAGCUGACCCUAAAAAAAGCUAUAAUCACCAUCAUCAUCAUUUGGGUUCUUGCUGUAAUUAUUAUGUGCCCCUCUGCAGUUACGCUAACUGUAACAAAAGAUGACUUUCACUUUAUGGUAGACGACUACAACAAUAAUUAUCCUCUAUAUUCAUGUUGGGAGGAGUGGCCCGAUACAGAAAUGCGGAAGAUAUACACCACUGUUCUUUUUUCCCACAUCUACCUUGCACCUCUCACACUUAUUGUUAUCAUGUAUGCCCGCAUUGCCUUCAAGCUAUUCAAGUCAUCUGGUCCCAUUAGAGGAUCAAUGUCAGAAGAGAAUGAAGGGCGGAGGGUUUCCAAGAGAAAAGUCAGAGUUAUCUAUAUGCUUAUUAUUGUAGCGCUCUUCUUUUCACUUUCUUGGCUGCCACUUUGGACAUUAAUGCUCCUCACCGACUAUGGACAUCUCCGUGAUUAUCAGCUCAAUUUGAUAGCUGUUUAUGUGUUUCCCUUUGCGCAUUGGUUAGCCUUUUUCAACAGUAGUGUCAAUCCAAUUAUUUAUGGAUAUUUCAAUGAAAACUUCCGCAGAGGUUUCCAAGAAGCUUUUAAAGUCCAGGUCUGUUCUAUGAAAAGAGAGCACAAAGAAACAUAUUCAGAGAGGAAAAACAGUGGCUUCCUCUUUGGGGUUCGUAACAGGAUUUUUGUUGAAGUGCAGCCAAGUGACUCUGGUCAGGCUUCAGACUCCUGCAACAGUACUGCUCCAAAAGGUGGUAUGUUCUCUUUAAGGAGUGGGAGGAUUGCUCACCAUGCCCGUGUAGUUGAAGAUGUAGACAAUAAAAGCUCUAAUAAUACCGUCAGUGUACCAGCUUGGGACAUCUAAAGUCAACAUGCCUUUGAAUUUUGACCUUGAAUGAAAAGUGGAAACAUACAGCAAAGGAUACUACAUACAUUCUUAUUUUGCUAUGUUUAGUCAAAAAAGACUCCCCAUCCAUUGUGCACAGUUUGUCCAUAUAGCAUGUACUUGUAUCUUACUGGGAGAUCAAGCUUCAAAUUAUUUAAAAGUGUCAACAAAUGUUUCAUUUUCCAGUUAUUGACUAUUUAAGCCUCCAGAGACAUCUCUAGUUAGAGUCACUCACCAAAUGCUUAGAGCAUGUUUCUAUAUAUAAAUAGCCUUGGAAAGUGUGGGGGUGAUUUGAAAUACGCUAAUUUUUGUUAAGUAAAUGACAUUUUUAAAAAACGAAUCAGCAAAAAUAUCAGCUGAUUUCCUAGUAGAUUUCACAAUUAUUUUACAUAUUUCAACACUUAAAAGGGGAACUAUGAUGCACCCAAACUGUAGUGGAUGAUUAAUAAUUUUUUCACAGAUUUUAUUUUUCAUUUCUUCGAAAGGAAAUUGUAAAUAUAUAGACAAUUGAGAGAAAAAAAUGACUAUUCAUGAAACAGAUAUAUUGAAACUCCAGUACAGUAUAUUUUUAUAGUGAUGGCUCCCCUUUCAGAGCAUGUCAGUAUAGACAUGUUGCCCUAUAUUCGAACUGUACAUAUUCUGGUCUGUCCAAAUACAUGGCCGCUGGCGGCCAUUACCUGCAACAGUUAAGAUAGAGUUGCCACAGCUUGUGUGGAUACUAGCAACAGAUAAGAAAAUUACAAAAAGUUGUCUGUGCCUGAUGUAGGUACCCGUGUCCAUGCUAUGGUAGCCCUUCACCUUUUAAGGGGUUAUAGUAUGUCUUUUGUUUUCAGUAGGUGUAUAAACAAAUUUUGGCCUGGCUAUGUUUGAUUGUCAGCCAUACCUAAGGUUUACAUAAUGACACAUGCCUUGCAUUCGUCUGCUGUACCAUUUAAAUGUAAAAGAUAUGUUGAAUAAUUGUGGUAUGGCAAGUAAAUGAAUGGUAAUUAAUACAGUAUAUUUUUCUCUAAAUAUUGUUGCUACUAGUUAUUGAUACUGUUUAGUUGAACUAACUGCAUGUAAGUAACAGAGAAAAUGUUACUAUCUAGUUGUAAAUGCCAAUGUAAA